CUAUAUAGUUGAGGUGUUUUUGAAGGUAAACAUGACUGUUUAGGUUUAAAGGCUUUCACUGCCUUCUCUUGAACUUUGUAAAAACCACAAAUUGUGAACAUAUAUAAGAAAGCAAACUAUAUAAAGUACAAAGCUGCCUUAGGGCAUGGAUAACUCCAAGGGAACUCUUAUUUCUUCCAGUACGAAGAAAGCAAAACUUUUAAAAGCUCUGCAAAUUCAAGGAAAGAUUUGUUUAGCUCCACUUGUCUCCUACUUUUUUCCCACUCUCUCAAACAUCAGCUCGUUGAAUAAUAGAGGCUUCUUUUUAGAUAUUUGUAACAAGAAUCAAAGACAACUCAAAGUUUUGUAUAAACAAACUGUCUAUAAUUUCAAGAAACGUUCAUUUCCAUUAGGGACAAGUCAAACAUAAAGAAGAAAAAUUAUAGUUUUAUCCAAAUUGCUCUAAAAAGAAGGAAAAUGUCUCUUUCAACUUUGCAUUAUUCAGCAGAAUAAAAUUGUGCAGAGUCAAAUUGAUAUUGUGAUUAUCCAAACUGGUAAAGGUCUUGUUCUUUUAAAUAUAUUAGAUCAAUUUCGUCUCCUAGUGAAAAGAAAAGAAUAUAAACGUAGAAAUAAUGGAAAAAUAAGAAUCUUUCAUCUCCUCUUUGCAAAGUAACAAAGAAAGGUGAAUCUUGAAAUACAUGUGCAAGGAGAAGCGAAAGCAUCACCACUUUUACCGUUGUUAUACUAGUUAAAAGGUCUCAAAAAGUUCUUUACGUGGAGAAUGAACCAAUAGCCUUGAAUCGUUUGAGGUUCGAUCCUACUUAUCGUAAGUAGUUUAUGUACGAAUUUGUGUAUAGACAAAAGUAUUCCCAACUUUUGGUCAGUUUUUUAUUAUUGUCCUGUCCUCUGUAUACUUUCCAAUUCUACGGUUGAGUAUACGAUUUAUUCUUCUUUAUAACUCGUAAUCGAACAAAGAUUGCUCCUUGAGCGUAAUUUGCAUAGAAGGAAAGGUUCUAGUUCUCACAACGCAAGCCAAACAGAGUUAAUGUCAUUGAAAUUAGAAAAUGAUCAUUUUGCACCUUUAAACAGUUUUCCUUAAUUU